CUAUCUCCCAGGAAGCUUUGCGGGCGUGGUUGAGCGAUCAUACGAGAACUCAAAAACCGACCGCGAAUUUGAGCAGUGUUAUCAAUCCACAGAAAUCUGAAACCAUUUAGCAUCGUUAGCUUUCUAUCAUCACCUAGAUAAUCGUAAUCAAAUUUCUUAUAACUUUGGACAAAAAUUUUCGAACAAACUUGAAUGUAGAACGGAUUUUCAAGGCCUUGUUUUGGUCUUGUGAUGGCCGAGUCAAGUUCUUCAAAGAAGCGUCCUCCUAAAAAGAAAGGCGGGCGACCGAAAAGACAAGAAAAGCUCAAAGUUAUUUAUCUAAAGGAAUCUGUUAGAGACCUUUGGGGAGCACGUAAGAUUUCCAAGGGCUUCCAACGACUGACAGACAACGAGUUUGCCAAAGUUUUACUCCAUUCAUGUCCUUUGAAUCCUCAACACUCUUUUGCUGAGGGAAUUCCAGCAGAUGUCUGGUCAAUAAACCUGUUGACUUUCCCUCCCCCUUCUAUGGACAAGAAGUGGCUGGAAGUGGGUAUGGAAUAUUAUGUUUGGUUCAAGCACAUAAGCUAUGUGGAAAACUUCAACAGUAUGUGGUUGAAGUAUGCUUCAAAACGCAACUACUUUUAUUUUACAGGCUUCUGCACAAGAAUGCAAAUUGCUGCUAUUGACCACAAUAUGCACAUACACCCAAAGCAGCUUACCACAGCUGAAGGCCAACCCAUCUACAAAAAGAAGUAUUCUAAGAGAAGCAAGCAGUGGAACAGCUUAGGUGUUAUCCUUGAACUGGAGAAGAAGCACAGCUACAUGCCAUAUCUCAUGGCUCACAUCAUGAAGGCAAGGAUACAUGACCAAGGCCCUGCCGAUAGAGUUGUGCCACUGCCAGAGUACCACCCUCGGCACCUGACAGCUACCAUUGAUAUACAGGUACAAAUAUCAAUUAACAAUAGUGUAAUGCUUAUUUGCUAUUUGUCUAAACAUCAAUUUAUGCAGUGUUCAAUUUCUACAAGAAGAAUAAGAGUUUUACUGUUCAUUAUAAUUGUUUGGAUCUUUAAAAAUGUACUUAGUAAUGCAAUACUGUAGUAAUACAUAUUCAAGCAUGUUGACUACUUUCUAUAUAGUUUUCAGCUCUGGAAAGACAGGAUCUCUUAGGUUACUGAGUAACAAAACAAGUACUGUUAAACUUUGAAGCCAUGCACAGUUACAUUGAUUUACUUGAAAUGGGAUUUUGCAUUACUUGUGGCCACACCAGUAAUUUUUAAAUCUUUAAACCAAUAGAUACAAAAACAUUUUCUUUGGUUGGUUUGCCAGGAACCAUAUAUUAUUGCAUAUUGUUCAAUUCUGUCGGUCAAAAGUUUUGCUCUUUUGUUGAAUGUUAAUUUUGACAAAAAUGACUUUUGGGCUUAUGCUAAUUUUGUUGUAUUAGCUUAUAUUUGUUUGAUUUUUUGCCUAGAGGUUCCUUGUGUUAUAUAAAACAAAAAAAGCGUUGGUCUUUUUGGCAGAUGAUCCAUUCUUGAAAUACUGAAGAAGACUUUGGAUUUGUGUGAGAUUGCUCAAUUUGCCAGAUUACUACUUUUUUAUUAUGGCAUUUUUGCUCAGUCAUAUCGCAAGAUCACAAGCUAACAACCUAACAGUUUGAACUUUGCCAUUUUUUGCUCCUGUCCCUAUGAGCUUGUUUUACUUUUAAUGCAAAAGGAAUAAGAAGACAUUUCACCUGAUUUAUGUCAACUCUUUUUUGUAAAAAAAAAAGCAACAAUAACCCCAUAAGGAAAAAUAAAUACACAAUUUAUCUGUAAACUCUCACUCUGCCCUGAUCCCAUGUACACAUUGUCAGGUGCCCUGUAUGAAUGGCGAAUUGCCUUUACAGCACAUGACGGCACCACACGCCUAUUGCCCUUUCCCAAAUACCCAUGCUCCCACAGCACAAACAUCCUAAAUGCCGCUUUGCGGAAAUUUGCUGCAGAAAAAUCAAGCUGAUCAACAAAUGCAUCACAUCUAGACCUUAUUGCCAUCUCAAGCACAUGCCUGUCCAAACAAAGGUUUUCAAACAAUUCGUAUGAGGUGAUGCACUCUGGGCGGUCACAGCAUUUAUUUUCCUCUGGAUUUGGCAUAGGAACACAUCUGCCACAAAUGCACCAUCGAGGUUGGUUAGGCUUUGGUGCUGGCUCAAGUAGCCUCUUGGCAAAGUCAAAGCUGCCCCGCCCAUUGUUCAACAAGCGUACCAGUAUGGUUUGCAUCUCUUGGACUUCAAGGUUGAUUACAAAAUUCUAUAAAAUAGAAAAUAGUGUCACAUUGUCUAUUAUGUAACAUAAAGGAAAAGUCUGAGGUAAUGUUUACAGUGCAAGGUAGGGGUGCAAUGUUUGAGUUGUCAGUUCACACAUCAAAGAAUAAUACUAAGAGCAUGCUCUUUAUAUCUCUAUUAUAUGGGAUAUCAAUUAUAUAAUCUAUUCCAUUUACAUACAUUUAUUUCUUCCCGUUUCGCUUCGAUAUCUAAGCGCUGCCGCUCGAGGGAGAGCCGGAAAGAGCACCGGCUCUUACAGUUCGUAAAUUCUAGUGUAAAAAAACCUGGGAUCGUUUCUAACUGGAAUAGUUUCUAACAGAAUAGAAAAAGCGACAUGAGCUGAAGUAUACCUCUCGCACCACUACCACCACAACCAACUUGCUAACACAACAAGGUGGGGUGAAUAAUUUGCUUUUUUGCCUGGGAUCGUUUCUAACUGGAAUAGUUUCUAACAGACUAGAAAAAGCGACAUGAGCUGAAGUAUACCUCUCGCACCACUACCACCACCACAACCAACUUGCUAACACAACAAGGUGGGGUACAUUAUUUGUAAUUAUAUUGAAUUUCUUUCGCCACUGCCAAACUAUGCGAAUCCUUUUUCAUAUGACCCCUUACCUCAUUAACUUGUGAUAGAAUUUCACGACUUGUGAAGUAGAUGACUACGAAAAACGCCAUAAUCGUGAAGCAACUUGAAUAAAAUAAUGCUAGUUUUAACGAAAAUCCAUGCCACAGUGUAUCAUUCCCCCCCUCACGAAAAAAAUAUAAAUAAAUAAUUGUAGUUAGAAAAAUUCCGCUCCUAUUUACAACUCCAUUCCUAGUUUUACAAAAAGUUCGCUAAAGCAGUUAAGAAAAGUAUGAAAUGUCUUAGAAACCUUGGAUCAUACAGGCUUUGUGGUCAGUUUUCCUGUCCCAAGACCCAAAAUUGUUUUGAUAGUUUGAAUUUUUAACAUAUUGAACUUCGCUUGAAAAAUAACGAAUUCACCAUACGUAAAUCUUAGAAAAACAAGUUGCAUGUUAUAUUUUAAUUGAAUAGGUCCUUAUCAAAUGAUACACUGUCUGCCUCGUGUUAAUUACGUUGUAUUCUGUAUUUGAGGAUUUUCAAAAUAUAACAGAGAGAAAAGGUCAACAACUUACCUCGUUUCCUUGAACUUCACGAAGAAAAUUGACGGAAUGGAAUGUCCGGAACUCAAGGAGAGCAAGUUGAAUGAGGAUGUAACUGAUUGACGAUGAAUUGUAACUGAUUAUUAUGUCUCUCGUUGUCAAUGACAUUUUACCAUUGCACAGCCAGGAUUUUUAACAGGGGCCCAAAAACGGGACAUAUAAGACAUUUUCUCCUGUAUUCUUAGUUAUGUCUGUAUUUUGUGUUUUAAGUAAUGUCUGUAUAUAUAAGCAAAUCUAAGUAAAAAGUCCUUACGAUAGUAAAGUAAACAAUUCUUCUGGUAUUGAUUAAGAAUUGUUUUUUAAUCACUGCUUUUAUUUUCAUGCAUUAAGAGGAGACAACAAUAAGGAAAUUGUCCCGCUCAAAAAUUUAGAAAUGACAUGAAAGUGUUUUCAGUCAUUUUAAAUAGCGCUUAAAGCCAACUAUUUUAUGGUAUAGAAUGCGAAAAAAAGAUUAUUUAUUUCGUUAAUUAUUUGACUUAAUCUCCCCCGACUUGUUAAUGUGUACACCUCUGAGUUCAAAUUGAACAGUGCUGUUUUAAUGAAGAACUUGAAAGUAUUGCUUCUCUUCUAUGAUUUAUUGUUCUUACUUCAAGCAACACACACAUGGGAAUUACUAUUUAGAGACCCUGUAUAACUUUCACUAUAAUUACUCUCAUAAUGAAUGUACUGUACUGCCAAUAUAAAACUAGCUUACCUAUGCAGAAUGGGCAAGAGUUAAACUUGGCAUAAGGUCUAGUUUAUAAGAAAAUGUCAAAAAUGUUUUUUUCUACGAGGAAAACAAAGCAAGGCUUUUCAGUAUACAUUUUACAGUGUCUUCUGAAUGUCGUGUGUGGAUGCUGUGCACAUAGAUGCACAAAACGCGAAAUUAUUGUACUUUUUAAAAACGAGAUAAAAAGUUAAAACGCCUGGUCUUGUCAAAUGAGAUUACUAAGAUAAAAAAUCAAGCUAAAUGAAAGAUUGUAACUUAGUCUGAUGUGUCUCCUAAAGAUGUGAUCGAUAUAACUUGAACUCCUUUAAAAACUUCGAUCUGCUCCAAACUCUGUGCUACCAAAAGCGCUUAUGUAACUAAAAGCCUUGUAACUAAAUACCUUGUAACUGCUAAUUAUAAAUCAAAGUUAAUUAUUGAGUGUGAAUAUAAUCUAAAAACAAAACAAGACAACAGUCCUUUCUGUAGGUUAGUCUAUUUACACGUCCGUGACAAUCAACAUACCCCACUUGAAGUCGAAAAUCAUCAAUAAUUUUGUCCCCUCACUCAUUUAGUAGCGAAUAACUAUAGUUUAAUAUGUAAUGGCAGUUUAAUGGCUUGUGAUCACAUGCUAAAAGUUUCGGGAAUUUACGUAAAAAUAUCCGACCAUUUGGGAAGCAUCCCUUUAAACGCAUAAGUUUUGCAAUUGAAAGCUCAAAAGAAAGCGGACGGGCACAAAACGUUAACAGCAAUAAAUCCUACUUUUAGAGCAUCUACAGUACCAAGUGACAAGUAUGUGACAAUUAUUAUUACUAUUGAUUUUAUGGACAAAAACGGUUACAAGGUGACAAGUAAGUGACAAUUAUUAUUACUAUUGAUUUUAUAGACAAAAACGGUUAAACUGUUCCGCGGGACAAAAAGUGGGUCCCUGAAACAAAAGUACAGUGCAGUGCAGUGUAUAAGUACAUGUAUAAAUACAUGUAUAAUUGUGGCUUGGUCCAACCAAGAGAUUUCAGGAAUACUACUCUUCAAACUUCAAAUUCCUUUUCUCUCAAGAAUGAAAUUAUAUAAAAUUACUGAGAAGCAUGUAGUUCAUGAGAUGGAUGCAUGAUGAUUGAAAAUUAUUUUAUGAUGAUUUGGAAAAUAAUUCUAUGGUGUAAUAUAUCAACACAGGAAUUUUUAGAUCAGACUGACCACACAGGUUCUCUCUACCUCUUGAUCAAUAAUUGGUAUUAUUUGAUUGGUAGCGUGAGUACUCAAUGCAAAAUUAAGGUAUCUUGACAGCUAAGAGAAUCAUAAUUGGCAACAUAAAAAAUAGCUUUUUAAAUACUGUUCUUCUCGCGUUUUCGCCAUAUCAAUGCUAGCCUUCUCCCUAAGAACCUCUAACUUCCUCCUUUUCUUGACUUUUUCCUUUUCGGUACUGACGAACCCUAUUCUUUUCUGCGGUGACUAGUUUCUCCUAGUUUCUUGCAGGCUCGUUUGUGCACUUCCUCGCCCAUAGCUCUAUCCUCCUCUAUUUUAUUCUUGGUAGCAAUCAAUGUGAUGUCUUCUUCCUCUGCCGCUUCCCACUUCUUGGACAUCUCCUCAAGUGCUCGGUCAAGUUCUGUGUCCUUAGCUUUUAUUCAAGAUACUUUGCGUUCUUUAUUUUUCUUUGCACGGUGUUUAUCUAGCAUGUGUUUUAGAUGCUCUCUCACCGAUUUUGUCACUACGUGGAACUAUAGAGUUGUAUGAGCAUUUAGGUUGUCUGCAAUUGUUUGAAAGACUUUGCCCCUUUCACUUGACCUAGCCGUGUACUUGUAGGGUUGUAAAAGGAGGACCUCCCUCGCCAAAGCAACAUAAUGGUUCUCCAUCCAUUCCAUCACAUUCC